AUGACUGUUGACAUCACUGUUCCAGUGUCAAUGCUUGCUGAGAACCCCCAGUACGGACUGAACCACGACGAUGGUACACAAGACGACGACGAUGGGGAUGUGGAUGUGGAUGAGCCAGUGGAGGUCGAAGAGGACCGUGCACAAGACGACGACAAUGGGGAUGUGGGUGCGGAUGAGUCAGUGGAGGUGCAAGAGGAAUUUGACGUGACAGAGCUAUCACAGCAGCUGAAGGAGGAGCAGGCGCACAUGCAGAGUGCACUAUCGCAGCAGCUCAAGACACAGCAGGAGCAUAUGCAAAAACAAGUGCAGCAGCAGUUGAAAGGCAUGAAGCAGUGGCUGAGGGAGCAGGCGAACAUGCAGAGUGCGCUAUCGCAGCAGCUGAUGGAGCUGAAGAAUAGCAUGCAGCUAGGUGUUGACAGGCGAGUCCUGCCUGCUGAGAAGGACUCGCCUGUAAACACGUACACGACCGAGGCGUUUCUGCGACCCAGACGCGGACAUCGAGGCCGCGAGGAGCUGCGUCGACAAGACCAUCUUCACCAGGGGAGCCGCCAUGAGUAUGCAACACCAACUGCACGAUGCUAG